AUGGAAAGUGUAGACACACAGGUGCAAAUGAAUCCAACCCUUCAAAGAUGUGCAGAAAUAGACAAAAUGCAUAAUUUAUAUAAUACUCAUUUAAUAGAGCAAAGAGAAAGAAUUGAAAAUUUAAAAAAAAAAUUAAAUCUUUAUAAUAAAAAUAUAGAAGAACAUGAAGGUGUUUUCAAGAAUAUUAUAAAAUACACAGAUGGGGUUCUAAACAACAUCGCACGAUUUUUAGGAAAUAUUAAUUAUUCGAAAAACUUUAGUAUGAUAACGGGGUGUGCAAAAUACUAUCUUAUAGAUGAUAAGGAGCUUAAUUUAAUUGGGAAUUUCAACACAACUAAUCAUGAAUGUAAAAGAUGCAAAUGUUUAAAAAUUCAAUCCCAAAAAUCGAUUAGUAAUAAAUGUCAAAAUACAAUUGUAUAUAAUAAAACUAGCUUUUAUGUUGAAGAUAAUAAAAAAAAAAAAAAAAAAAAACACACAAAAAAAAGCACAAAAAAAAAAAACCUUUACAAAAAUCAAAAUGUAUAUAAUCUUAAUAAUCCAUAUGACACUGUUGAAGUUAAAGAGUUAUAUGAUAUUUAUCGAAAACAAAGUUUAUUAUCAAUUGACAAUUAUUAUAUGAAUUAG